CCAAGUACCCCGGAGGGGCAAGGAGAAGAUCUCUGGGAGUGAAACGGUUCCAGGUGGGUGGGUGGGGUUAUCGACUGCCUGGCAAGCCAGCGGCUCCCUUCUGCCCUUUUCAUGCAUCUCUCCCCACCCCUUUUCCUAGCUCUCCUCCUGCACCGGCAAGGGAGCUGGCGUGGUUGCUUUCCCCCUCAUUCUGCAGGCGAGAAUCUGAAGCUGGCAGAUCUCCGCUUCUUUCCUCCUCGUCCUGCUGCAUUUCCCCGCUAGGAGGGAUGUAACGAAAGGGCGGCCCGGGUUGGGGAAGGCGGUAUUGGGCGGGUAGCUCCUAUUAGAGUUAAUACGGGAGGGUCAGGGCGAGCAGCUGAAAACUUCAAACCAAACACACUUCGUGCUGCCCUGCCCCUCUUCAUCCCUCCCCCCCGCCCCCUCCUUGGAAGUUGGAGCUGCGCCGCCUGCAUCAGCAGCCGGGCUGGCAGGAGAAGCAGCCGCCGCCGCCGCCGGAAAGUUGCUCCCCCCGCUGUGCUCCCAGCCCGCUCUGCCCCCGCCAUGGGCUUUGACCUGGAUCGCUUUGCCGAGCCCGUCGACCCGGAUCUCAAGUGCCAACUCUGCAGCAAGGUGCUGGAGGAGCCGCUGUCCACGCCGUGCGGGCACGUCUUCUGCGCCGGCUGCCUGCUGCCCUGGGCGGUGCAGCGGCGCCUGUGCCCCCUGCAGUGCCAGCCCAUCUCGGCCAAGGAGCUGCACCGGGUGCUGCCGCUCAGGAGCCUCAUCCAGAAGCUGGAGAUCAAGUGCGACUACAGCCCGCGGGGCUGCGGCCGGACCGUGCGGCUCCAGCAGCUGGCCGCCCACGUCGAGAUGUGCGACUACAGCCCGGCGCGGUGCCGCCACAGGGGCUGCCCGGAGGUGCUCAGCCUGAAGGACGUGGACGCGCACAUGCGGGAGAGCUGCGAGCACCGCCCGGCCGGCAUCUGCCCGCGGGGCUGCGGCUUGGUGCUGCUGCAGCGGGAGCGGGCGGGGGGCGCGCCGCCGGGCGGGGGGCCCUGCUGCGUGCGGGCGCUGCGCAGCCACAGCGGCAGCCUGCAAGGCCAAAGGGCCAGCCUGGAGCGGGAGCUGAAGCGACAGGCCCUGAAGUGGAGCAAGAGGGAGAAGUCGCUGCUGGCUCAGCUCGCGGCGCUGCAGAGCGAGGUGCAGCUCACGGCGCUCAGGUGCCAGGUGAAGUUCAACCAGUACAUGAGCCACAUCAGCAGCAUCCCCAAGAAGCGGGCGGGCAGCCACCCCUGCAAGGGAGGAGAACCUAAGCCAUUAACCAUCAUGCUACAAAAAGAAAAUGAUACUUUGGGAUUCAAUAUUGUAGGAGGACGACCCAAUCAGAACAAUCAGGAGGAUUCUUCACCUGAAGGAAUUUAUGUGUCAAAAAUCUUGGAAGAUGGACCUGCUGACAAGACAGAAGGCCUGCAAAUUCAUGACAAGAUAAUUGAGGUCAAUGGGAAGGACCUCUCCAAGGCCACUCACGAAGAGGCAGUGGAAGCUUUUCGGAAUGCCAAGGAACCAAUUGUAGUUCAGGUUUUACGGAGAGCACCCAUUAAUAAAACACAUAGUAGCUCACAGGAUGUUCAGCUUGUGGAUGCUAGCACUCAGACCGACAUCACCUUUGAGCACAUUAUGGCUCUGGCCAAUCUUAGGCCAUCCACACCUCCAGUACCAGAUAUCUGUCCCUUUCUGCUUUCAGACAGCUGCCAUUCUCUUCACCCAGUGGAGCAUGAAUUUUAUGAAGGUAAUGAGUAUCUUUCCAGCCUUCCUGCUGAUGCAGAUAGAACAGAGGACUUUGAGUAUGAGGAGGUCGAGCUGUGUCGUGUUAGCAGUCAAGAGAAGCUGGGGUUGACUGUCUGCUACAGAACAGAUGAUGAGGAAGACACAGGAAUCUAUGUCAGUGAGGUUGAUCCAAACAGCAUCGCCGCCCGAGAUGGCCGGAUCCGAGAAGGAGACCGCAUUUUGCAAAUAAAUGGCCAAGAUGUCCAGAAUCGGGAGGAGGCGGUGGCAUUGCUCUCCAGUGAUGAAUGCAAGAAAAUUGUGUUGCUAGUUGCAAGACCAGAGAUGCAGCUGGAGCAGGGGUGGCUUGAUGAUGAAAGGAAUGAAUUCUUAGAGGAGUUAAACUUGGAAAUGUUGGAAGAACAGCAUAAUGAAGUAAUGCAGUUCACAGCCAAUGAGGUGGAGCAGCCAAAAAAGCAUGAGGAGGAGGAUGGCACAACAGACACUGCAACCUCGUCAUCCAAUAACCAUGAGAAGGACAGUGGAGUGGGGCCUACAGAUGAGAGUCUGCGUAAUGACGAGAGCUCAGAGCAAGAGAAUGCACCCGAUGAGCAGAACAAAACGACCCUGCAGAGCACCCGGGAGCUGGGGCAGAGCCAGGAUACGUUAGGAAGCAUUGAACUCCAGUGCAAUGAAAGCUUUGUGUCUGGGGAGUACACUGAAUCUGACUUCAUUGGAAACCAAGAUGAGGAGUGUGAAAGGUUUCGGCAGCUGCUGGAGCUUAAGUGCAAGAUUAGAAACCAUGGAGAGUAUGAUCUCUAUUACUCGAGCAGUACGAUACAGUGUAACAGAAGGGAGCAAGAUGGGGUGGAGCAUGAGCUACAGUUACUCAAUGAGGAACUAAGAAAUAUUGAGCUUGAGUGUCAGACUAUAAUGCAGGCUCAUAGGCUUCAAAAAGUGAAGGAUCAGUAUGGAGACAUUUGGGCAUUACAUGAUGGAGGAUUCAGGAAUUAUAACACCAGCGUAGAUGUACAAAGAGGUAAACUGGAUGACAUCAUAGAGCACCCAGAGAAAUCUGACAAAGACAGCUCCAGUGCUUACAACACAGCAGAAAGCUGCAGGAGCACUCCACUGACUGUGGAGCAGUCCCCUGAUAGCUCACUCCAGAGAAUGAUCAGCAUCACCAACAGGAAAAACCUGAGAAGCACAAUUGUAGCUAAUCAGUUGUGUACUGAACAGAGUGGGAGGGAGGUAACCCCAUCCAAAACCAAAACCACUGAGCAAAACAGCACUGUUGAAGAGAAAGAAACCAUUGCAGAAAGUAGCAAAUUCACAGAGCAGGAGAAGCAAAGUACUGAGCACAUUCCUUACCUGUCUCCGUAUCAUAGCUCUUCAUACAGGUAUGGGAAUAUACCUGCUCAUGCAAAGCAUUAUCAAAGCUAUAUGCAGCUGAUCCAACAAAAAUCUGCAGUGGAGUAUGCCCAAAGUCAGCUCAGUCUAGUGAGCAUGUGCAAAGAUUCACAGAAGUGUACAGAGCCCAAAAUGGAAUGGAAAGUGAAAAUAAGGAGUGAUGGAACAAGGUAUAUUACUAAGAGGCCAGUGCGAGACAGAAUCCUGAAGGAACGUGCCUUAAAGAUUAAAGAGGAGCGCAGUGGGAUGACGACAGAUGAUGAUACAAUGAGUGAAAUGAAGAUGGGUCGUUACUGGAGCAAAGAGGAGCGGAAGCAGCAUUUGGUGCGAGCCAAGGAGCAGAGGCGGCGGCGAGAGUUCAUGAUGCGGAGCAGGUUAGAGUGUCUUAAGGAAAGUCCACAGAGUGGCAGCGAGGGCAAAAAAGAAAUUAACAUUCUUGAACUUAGUCACAAAAAGAUGAUGAAAAAAAGAAACAAGAAAAUCUUGGACAGCUGGAUGACAAUCCAAGAACUGAUGACACAUGGUGCUAAGUCUCCAGAUGGGACAAGAGUGCACAAUGCCUUUUUAUCAGUUACUACUGUAUGAACACGUCUGUUUCAAAGAGUAUACUACCAGUUUAGGUAGAGUACGAUUGCCUCGUUCAAGGUGGCAUUUUUAUAUAUUUUGUGACUGUUUAUAGUUUGACCUUUUUUGUAAGCAAAAUUACUUGAUAAUUUUUCAGUUGUUUUUCACAUAAUGGUACCUUCUUUAGCUGGCAAUCUUUCUUUACUCUGCUCUAUAUUCAUAAUAUUCAUUUCUAUAAAAAAAGAAAAAGAAAAUAAAAAAGUGAAGGAGACAAUUAAUUUCUUACCCUAAUGUAUGUAUUGUAAGUUAAGAUCUGGAUUUAUUUGUCUAGUUUUCUUUUUUCUACUUUAGUAACAAUACAAUACCAAAAUGAAAUUCUUUAUAUGGUAUCCUUACUUACUGGCAUAACAAGCAGUUAAACUUUUACAUCUUAUAUUGCAUCUGUUAAUAAGUCAUGUGCCACGUCUUGUUGUACAGCUAAGAAUGAUCUUUUUCCAACAACCCAUUGUACAGUACAUUUAACCUGUAAAUUGCAAUUGUAUUUGUCCAAGUAAAGUGUAAGUGGGCAAUUCUCCCAUGGUAUGUAGUGGCAUUGGUCAUGUAGCUAGCUAAUAUGUGAUAAUUGUGAAGAUCAAAGAGGAAUAAAUUAUUGCUUAUCUUUAAGAAAAAUUAUCAAGAGUUCUUUGAUUUUAAUUGUUUGCUUGAUUACAGAAUGAAUUAUUUCCACAUACAUGAUUUUUGAAGGAUAUAUGAAAAUUUCAAGGACACAGGGCAAAAUUCAUUAUGAUAGUUAUAGAUUAGACAAGUUUCCUUCUGACUUUAUUAUAAAUUAUGUUAAAUGGACCUGAUCCUGCAUUUCUUAUUCAUGCAGAAGUCAGAAUGGGAGUUUUACCUGAGUAAGAACACAUAGGACCAAGCCCAUAUUUUUGCUGUUACUAGUACAGGUUGAACCUCUCUAGUCUGGCACUUUCUGGUCCGGCAACAUUUGUGGUCUGGCAUGAUUUUAUUUUAUGUUUUUUAUGCUUUAUCUACUUGUUUCCUUGUGCCAAGAGAGUAAAAUUGUGUAACAACACACACUUUGUUAUGAAGAGAGCCGGUAAGCCUUGAUUAGGUGGCAUUGCAAGCGUUGUUCCGUUUAUUCACCUCGGCAAGAUAAAAAGAAAAAGAAACCCGCUCGCUACAUAUUGACCUCCUGUGGUUCGGCAAAUUCUCUGGUUCGGCACCAGUCAGGUCCCGAGGGUGCCAGACUAGAGAGGUUCAACCUGUAUUAAUUUUAGUUACUUUUCAAGCACUGUCUGUGUUUGGUGCUUUACAAACAAAUAUGUCAUGGCCAGUCCCCAAGAGAGCUUACAAGCUAUACUCUACAGAAACCAAACAUGGAAGACACAGAUAGAUCAUAGCACUAUCUUGAGCCAGAGCUGACUUAUGAAUCUGGCAGAGGUUGUUACUUUAAAUAUUUCACCGAAAAUGGGUGGUAUGAAGAAAAAAUGAGAAUUAUUUGCUGUUCUAUGCUGUGCCUCCAAAGUACCAGCAAACCAAAACUGAGGAUAUCAGCUGAAAAGGGGGCCUCCUAAUGUAACUGCAUGUCAGUGAGGAAAUAAAUGAAAGAUGUUUAUUAAAAUAAGGACUGAAGGGUGACCUGUAAAGGGGUGUUUUAAAUUGAGCUGUGCCCUUUGUUUAUUUUUUAUGGUUUGUAGAAAGGGCUUUGAAAGUUGGGCAUUUUUAAAAUUUAAUUUUUACUGCUUGCUUUUUUACUUUAAAAAUAUCAGGCAUUUCUACUCUCUGCUUUGCUGGGGGACCCCUAAAGGAUACUGAGAUGUAUGUUUUGAGUCACAGCACCUUAAUUGAAGGAGUAACGUUCCUGAAUCUUUAACAAAAUGUCUUUUAUUCAAAAUGUCAUUUAGUCACAGAAGUUAUUAACAAAGGGUGUAAAAACAAACACAAAAUAGUUUUCAACAGUCUGACUAAAAAUCCUUUGUCUCCCAGUUGCUCAAAUGUCACUCUUUUAGCUUGUAUGUCAUAAUUUCACUAGUUCUCCAAGGGCGUCUAUACUAAAAACUUAAGUCGACAUAUAUUAGGUUGACUUACAGCCACCGCAGUAAUUACUGAAACAGUUCAUGUCACACUACCUUAUUUCGGUCGGUGGUGUGCAUCCUUACCAGCAGCUCUUCCACUGAUCUAAGAGGGGCAGUGUGGGGAGCUGAGAGCCUGGUCCCCACUCCCUACCAGCUCUCCCUGCUUGGAGCCUGGCUCCCUCACCCGGCUCUUGGCUCCCUGCUCCCCAUUGGGAGCAUGACGGGCUUCCCGCUCUGCACUGGGAGCCCAGUUGUCUCCUGGGCUCCCAGCCGUCUGCUUCCCUUCCCCCACUCUCAGUUCCCUGCCUCCAGUCAGGAGCCCGACUGCCUAUCACCAGCUCUCCUCUCCCUGCUCCCCAGUGGGACCAGGGCAGCUGCCUGGAAUCUCACCUCCCUGCCAGGAGCGAGGAAGCUUGGCUCUGAGCAGGGAGAACUUUCUGGAGUCAUCUGCGGGAGCAAGGCUGUAGUGUAGACACUGGCAUAGUUAGAUUGACAUAAGCUGCCUUACGUCAACCUAACUGUAUAGAGUAGACCAAGGCUAAACCAUCAUAGGGCUUGUCUACACUACCGUGUGGGGUUGAUGUAAGAUAUGCAACUUUAGCUACGUGAAUAGCGUAGCUGAAGUCGACAUACUUAGAGCUACUUACCACGGUGUCUUCACUGCGGUAAGUUGACAGCUGACACUCUCCUGUCGACUCUGCUUGUGCUGCUUAUUCUGGUGGAGUACCGGAGUCUACAGGAGAGCACUCAGCAGUUGAUUUAUCGCAUCUAUACUAGACAUGAUAAAUCAACCCCCACUGGACCAAUCACUGCCCGCUGAUCUGGCGGGUAGUGUAGACAAGUCCAUAGAGUCUCCAGCGUAGACAGGACCUGAAUUACUAACAUAAAGAACAAGCAGACAAAAUUUUUAAAAUAACCCUUUCAGAUCUUCUUUAUUCAUCAAAAAGAAGAAAAAUAAAGCCUCAUCUAGUUUGUUUUCCCCUUGCAGAUCACCUUUAAAAUGUAUAGAAACUAUGUUGAUUCUUCUACCAUAUUUGGUGGACCUACAGACAAUGGAAAAAUUUUUCCAAAGCACCUAAAUGAUUUAGCAGAUUAUAAUUCUGUUUUAAAUAGCUCCUAAAUCACUUGGGAGUGGCCCAAAUGAGACUUACAUUCCUAAGUGAUUUUAAGUGUGUUUGAAAAUUGGAUUUAGACACCUAAAUCACUUGCAACCAGACCUUACAAGGUGUUUAUGGACAUAAAGAUACAGAUAGGCUCUUUUGAAAAUUCUAUUAGGCACCUAUCUACAUUUUUAGGUGCUGAAAUACCUCUAAAAGUCUGGCCCUUAGGCCCUUUAGAAAAUUUUACCCAUUGUUAAGUUUACUCCAGGAAUCAGAAAAGUCAGUAAUUGCUAUAGCAAUCUCUGUAUCAGAUUAGGAAAAACUUGAUUCUGGAAUAGAAAACACUGAAUAACAUACAUACAUUCAUAUGUAAUUGAGAAAUGUGUCCACUUUUGUAUCUUAAGAAUAAAGUAUCUUUUCAGCUGAAAAAUAUUUUUCUUGUUGUGUUCAUUUCUAGAAGGAAAUUUGUUUUCACUAACAGAAUUGUCUUUCUUUUCUUAAGAUCUGAGACAACAUGAAACGUAUUUUGUCUUUUCUCUUUGAUUAUGUCUUGGUGUUAAAAAUUACGACAUUUGUUUGGAAAAAAAACAUACAUUGGAAUAAACAGUAUGAG